UUCAGAAGAUCUCAUCCUAUAAAAUCUUGAUUGCUUCUGGAUCUCGUACGGCUCCUGAGUAACUGUGUGUGGCGACCCAGGCAGUAUGCGGUCACCACCCAAAUAAAGCUUAUCAUCCACAAAGCUGGUCAAUGUGGACCGAAACUGGGUUUGGAGGCUGGUAAGGCUUGUCUUUUUUCCUUUGUGCUCACACUAUGUGUCCACAGAGAAACUCGGUCAGGUCAAAAUCUGAAAGACAAACCUCCGGGAAAUACGAUGUAUCCGUUCUAACCAGGAUCCAUUGUUCGUCACCAUCUCACACAAACUCGCAGCAUUCGUCCGCGAAGUCAAGGAGAUGCCUUUCGACUACCUCUCCUCACUUCAAAAACUCUACAAUCUUCUCAAGGACAUAAUAUGUCUUAUAAUUGAAUCAUGUCUCUGGGUUUCUCUGCCGAUUCGAGCCCCGUAGAGCUCAUUGAGGAAUACAGUCGGAUGCUCCCAGGUGCUACAACAACCAUCAGCCAUGACUGCGACUAUCCCCCACCCCCAGGCUCUAAGCAACGGGACUGGAAGCCUUACCCUUUGAGAUCGGCCUACAUAUCAUCUCUUCUUGUUCUUGAAAUCGCACCCGUUCUGACGUUAUCGAUCCUCCUCGCCAUAUCAGAAAGCCGUAAUGGCUUACUAUCCGUUCAACAUUUGCCGGGCCGAGACAAGGGGCCCGGCGGGAUACUGCAGAAACUUUGGAGUGCAGCAUAUCUGUGGACUAGCUUGCCCAAUGCCUUUUUCACGCUGUCCCGAGACCUCUGGGCCUCGGUGGUAGAUGCAGCGUCCAAGCAACAACCGUAUGUUGAGUUGCGCAAGGGCAACACACUGAAGAACUCCUUACUGCUCGAUUACAGCAGUAAACCCUUCCUUUGGUCGUGGUACUUGGCCAUCCGGAACAAGCACUACAUUCUGGGAGUCAUCAUGCUUCUCUACCUUGUCUCGAACAUAACCGUGGUCCCUCUUUCUGCGCAUCUGCUCACUGCAACACCAGUCAUCAACAAUUUCACUAACACCCUCAAAACUCUACAAAUAUGGGACGACUUGGCACUUGAUGACUCGUUGAAUUGGAAUGAGAUUGUCGACGAGGUAUUUGCCAUGCUUAUUUUUAAGGCGCCACCAUCAGCAUGGACAGAUCUGCACUAUGCCUUCCGGCCAUAUGGGUUCGACAGCUUUCAGGUGCCUAGUAAUAUCACUACCUACAACCUAGCUGUGUCCGGCCAUCUUGACUGCACUGUUUACACGGAAGAGAAUUCUACCCUACAGUAUAUCCCCUACAACGACGAAAGCGGAACUCUGACAGUCGGAAUUGAUGAUGCCGGCUGUAAUGUCACAUACUCCAUGACAUUGGACAGCUCAACCUAUUACUGCAUUCGGAGCUUGUCAGCGAGAGAGUGCACUGCGAAUGCUGGCUAUAGCCGCAUUACCAUCAUAUCAGGGAUUCGAAACUUGAUAUCCCCAUUCAAAAUCGCAGACUAUAGUGCCGUGUCAUGCAUCCCUAUAUACCGAAAGACACACGGUGAUCUUGUAACCCGAUUUUCAGACAAACACAACAGCUCGGUAAUUCACUUCCAAGACCAUCCCAGCCAGUCCGUUGAGUUUCGGCCCGCUACUUGGGAACGGUUCGAACAGAACCUGACUAGCAUAUCAUUCAGAGAUCCCACUGGUGCUUCAUCCGUGGACGGGUUCUCCUAUCUCAUCAACAGGCAUGUCCUAGAAGCAAACACCGUGGACCCGUACGCUAACAGGGACCAAAUAUUGUUAUCUACGGAACGAGUUUUCGAAGCCAUAUACGCUGUAGCGAAUGAAGGGCUGGGGUUCCCUCGCUCGGUGGUGGACCGCGAUGAGCAGCCCUCAAUCCAGGGAACCGUCUCUACCCCAGACACGCGGCUAUUUGUGGUCCCCAAGACGGCGUACUACAUCAUUGUGAUAUUGUCCUUUAUUGUGGUAUGCAACAUCAUUUUGUAUUAUUAUCACCAACGUCACCGGUCGGUGCUAUGGGAGGAGCCCGUCGGGCUGCUGGGGGCCGCGGAGCUGCUGUACGAGGGAAAUACGAGCAGGUUUAUUGCCCGAGUCAGGAGGCACCAUCCGGCUGCCACUCGGAUCGUGAAGCUCGCCCUCAAUGAUCCCGCAUAUGCCUUGUAUACGGCUGCAGUGGACGAAAGGGGAAAGGUGAUGGUUUCUGCGUCCGGUCGAGAUCUGGAUGAUAUGAUGUGGGAUUAUAAGUCUCGUGCUUCGGGAUACUCUGUUUGAAUUGGUUACGGUGCUCCUGGUGAUUCGAACACGAAUAGGAGCUAGUUUUGAGGAUUAUGAUUAAUAAGAUGAAAAUAAUAAGUCGAAUGAUGACAGUCAUACCAGGAUCUGUCUGGAUUGGUUGAGGAUGGAUAGGACAAAAUGUCCGGUUAGUGGAUCGACUUAGUCUACUUGCCCUCGAGGCAUCACUCAUGUUCAAAUAUACUCGGGUAGGUAGCACCGGUAGUGCACAUGAGAAUUAAUC